AUGGGUCGUAUGAAGGAGCUAAAGAAGAAGGACAUCAUUGUGAGUACGGUUGUCCCUCACAUGUCCUGCAGGAAUCGAUGCUCCGAGCCGUACGACAGGGACACCCCCGGCUGCAGUUGUGACGCGAACUGUAAUGUCACCGACAGCUGCUGCUUUGACUACACUGACAUCUGCACCCUCCCAACCCAGGUGUGGGAGUGCACGAGGCUGCGCUGUGGAGAGAGGCGGCUAGCACAGAGCAAAUGUCAGUGCUCCGAUGACUGUCUGUCUGCAGGAGACUGCUGCACAAACUACAAACAAGUCUGCCUUGACGAGAAGGCGUGGGUGGAGGAUGAGUGUGAGGACCUGUCAACCCCCUCGUGUCCAGCAAACUUUAAGGGCCGGCAGCCUCUGCUCCUGGUCUCUUUAGAUGGACUGCGAGCUGAAUACCUGCAGACAUGGAGCGGUCUCGUCCCUGUUCUGGACAAACUCAGGACGUGUGGAACCUCAGCACAGUACAUGCAGGCAGCAUUUCCCACCAAGACCUUCCCCAAUCACUACACCAUUGUGACGGGUCUCUAUCCAGAGUCCAACGGUUUGAUUGACAACUACAUGUACGACCCGGUGUUUGACGCCACCUUUAGUCUGUCCAAUUCUGAGAAAGACGACCCUGAGUGGUACCUCGGGCAGCCUAUUUGGCAAACAGUGCAGAACCAGGGCCUGAAGGCUGGGACUUUCUUCUGGCCAGGAUCAGACGUCAAAAUCAGCGGAAGCUUGCCCAACAUCUACGAGCCUUACAAUGGUAAAGUGCCGUUUGAAGAAAGAGUCUUCACUGUGCUGGAGUGGCUGCGGCUGCCAGAUGAUCAAAGACCAGAUUUCUACACGUUGUAUUUGGAGCAACCAGAUAAAGCUGGACACAGCUACGGCCCCGUCAGCGGAGGGGUGCUCGAAAUGAUCCAGAGUGUAGAUAAGAUCGUCGGUCAGCUCAUGAAUGGCCUCAAGCAGCUCGACCUUCACCGCUGUGUCAACAUCAUUGUCUUGGCAGAUCACGGUAUGCAGAGCAUAAGCUGUGACAGGAAGGAGGCGCUGGAGAACCUGGUUGGAGACACCAGCAAGUACUGGGUCGUUGAUGGACCAGUUGGACGCAUCAGAGCCAUAAACAAAAACACAACCAUUGACCCAGCCGGACUCGUUGCUAACAUGACUUGUAAGAAGCCCGACCAAAAGAUCAAGCCGUACCUGAAGGCCGACCUGCCGAAGCGCCUCCACUUCGCUAACAGCCGUCGCAUUGAGGAUGUGAACGUCCUGGUCGACGCCGGGUGGCUGUUUGAGAGGGAUCAAGGCAAUUUAACUUUCUGCAGUGGUGGCAAUCACGGCUACGACAACGAUGUUGAGAGCAUGCACGCCAUGUUUCUCAGUUAUGGGCCCAAGUUUCUGAAUAAAACAGAAAUCGAACCCUUUUCUGCCAUCGAGCUGUACAAUGUGAUGUGUGAUCUGCUGGAGAUCUCUCCCGCUGACAACAACGGGACCCACGGCAGUAUGAACCACAUGCUGAGGAACCCGCACCACGUUCCAAAGUUCCCAGCAGAGCGGAGCUCACCCGGCAAGUGUCCGAUGACCAGCCGCGAACCUGCAGACAGGCUGGGAUGCUCCUGCCCCACCCUGAGUGGAAAUGCUGUGAACGGCCGCCUGAAUCUGACCGUAGAGGAAAAGACAGCUGCGGAGAAGGAGCACAUGCUGUUUGGUCGCCCCCGGCUGCUGCAGCUCAAUGAGAGUUACUGCAUCCUGCACCAGGAGGGAUUCAUCACGGCCUACAGCCACAACAUCCUGAUGCCUCUGUGGAGCUCCUUCACCAUCAACAAGCCAACGAACUUGGACCCGCUGCAGCCGGUGACUCCAAACUGUUUGAGGCCUGAUGUCAGACUGCAACCAUCCCAGAGCGCCUCCUGUAAUCAGUACAAGGGUGCUGGGAACCUGACGCACGGCUUCCUCUACCCACCCAAUCUGAAUCAAACAGUGGACCAAGAGUACGACGCCCUGCUGUUGAGUAAUGUGGUGCCAAUGUACCCCGAGUUUACCAAGAUCUGGAAGUACUUUCAAGGCACCCUGUUGAAGAAAUAUGCCUCCAUUUACAACGGCAUUAACGUGGUGACAGGUCCCGUUUUUGAUUACAACUAUGACGGCCAGUACGACACUCCAGAGCAGAUCCAGCAGUUUAUGUCGGGUACCAGCAUCCCCAUUCCAACACAUUACUUUGUGGUACUGAGCACAUGCAAGGACUCCGAACAACCAGUGGCCUCCUGCACCGGCGAGCUGCAGACCGUGUCCUUUCUGCUGCCUCACAGACCGGACAACACGGAGAGCUGCAGGAGUACAGAAGCUGAAUCUUAUUGGGUUGAAGAUCUCAUGUGGUUCCACCAAUCACGGGUCAGAGAUGUCGAAUGGCUUGCAGGAUUGGACUUCUACCAGGACAGCGGCCGUACAGUCUCACAGCUGCUGAAGCUGAAGACCCGCCCCACAGCUGCCAUUCAAAGAAAGCAAUAAAUAUGUUCAAUAUCUGUAAAAGUGUUGUAAUAUUGAGCAAUCAAUUCACUAAUAAUCAAUUAUCCAACAGUGUUUAUUUAUUCAAUUUUAAACUUUCAAUGGUUAAUUAGAUUUUUGUGUUAUUUAAUCUUCUCUUUCGAUUUGUGAUUUGUGUCUUUUUAUUCUCUUUUCUGCAUUUAAGAGAUUAUUUCAUGCCAAAUCCAAAUGAGACUGGAUGAAAUUCAUAUUAUUAUUAUCAUUAUUAUUAUUAUUAAAGUGGAAAAACAUCUUUUUUUUAGUUUGCUGGACUGUCAGAGAUCAAAUGCUGUUUCUCUUCAUUUUUGUUAGAUAUUUUUAGGCCUUUUUGUCUUUAUGUUGUACCAAGAAUUAUAAAAAACAGUGUUCACUAUUUCGACAAAUUUUCCCGUUGAAUUCUUUCACAUAUAUUUUUCAGAUCUGUGAUGAGCACAUUUAAAUUCAGCUUCAUUGCACUGGAGGCGGCAGAAGUUUCCCAUGAGGAUUUCUUGUUAAGGGAAUGUGUUUUUGUAAUUUUUUACCUAUUGCUGUCAAUAAAAACUCAAAACCGUCAGUCAUGA